CACUCACUCGUGAAUUUUUUCCGAAGCCACUCGUCUUGUUCCGUGAGUGUUGAUCGCGGGAAGCAGCGGUUUUACGCACAGCUUGAGCCGACUCCAGCCAAGCACUUCAUCUCACAGCUGAAAAGGAGAGAUAGAGACAGAGUCAAUUUUGUAAAACGGCAAACGGUGCGGUGAAGGAAAGCAUCCAAACGGGAGCAUCGCCAGCCACAUUCCCGCGUGUUUUUUUUUUUGUUUUGUUGCAUGCGUUUGUGCAGGAUUGCUACGGGAGCGCCGACACUCACUCACACACUCACUCACCGAGAAGACUUGCGAGAAUCUCUGAGCGGAGACGGAGAGGCGAUGGACGAGCAGGCGAGGUUGAUGCACUCUCACACCGGGGUAGGCAUGGCAGGGCAUCCGGGUCUACCGCAGCACAUGCAGGAGAGCUCCGGAGCGGACGGCGACGGGAGAAAGCAGGACAUUGGAGACAUUUUGCAGCAGAUUAUGACCAUCACGGAUCAGAGUUUGGAUGAAGCGCAAGCCAGGAAACAUGCUCUGAACUGCCACCGGAUGAAGCCUGCUCUUUUCAACGUUUUGUGCGAAAUUAAGGAAAAAACAGUUCUGAGUAUCCGUGGAGCCCAGGAGGAGGAGCCCCCAGACCCUCAGCUCAUGCGUCUGGACAACAUGCUGCUGGCCGAGGGGGUGUCAGGGCCGGAGAAGGGCGGGGGAUCUGCGGCGGCAGCGGCAGCAGCAGCGGCCUCUGGGGGGGGCCCCGGAGCGGACAACUCAGCGGAGCACUCGGACUACAGGGCCAAGCUGUCCCAGAUCAGACAGAUCUACCACACCGAGCUGGAGAAGUACGAGCAGGCGUGUAACGAGUUCACCACCCACGUGAUGAACCUGCUGAGGGAGCAGUCUCGCACACGUCCCAUCUCGCCCAAAGAGAUCGAGCGCAUGGUGGGCAUCAUCCACAGGAAGUUCAGCUCCAUCCAGAUGCAGCUGAAGCAGAGCACGUGUGAGGCCGUCAUGAUCCUGCGCUCACGCUUCCUCGACGCCAGACGAAAAAGACGGAAUUUCAACAAGCAGGCCACAGAGAUCUUGAACGAAUAUUUCUACUCGCACCUCAGUAACCCGUACCCCAGUGAGGAGGCAAAGGAGGAGCUGGCAAAGAAGUGCGCCAUCACAGUCGCCCAGGUUUCCAACUGGUUUGGGAAUAAAAGAAUCAGAUACAAGAAAAACAUUGGUAAGUUCCAGGAGGAAGCCAACAUGUACGCUGCGAGAACUGCCGUCAGUGCGGCUAACGCGUCCUCACACGGGAGCCAAGCAAAUUCACCCUCCACUCCGAAUUCUGCAGGUGAGACAGGAAGUCAAGGCUGUGCGCUCAGCUCCUGUCCUCUCUCUGUCUCCCUGUCUCCUCCAGGUUCUGGUGCCUCUUUUAACAUGUCCAACUCGGGCGACUUGUUCAUGACCGUGCAGUCUCUGAACGGGGACUCGUACCAGGGAGCACAGGUGGGGGCCAACGUCCAGUCACAGGUGGAUACCCUUCGCCAUGUUAUCAGUCAGACAGGCGGAUACAGUGAAGCGCUCUCGGCCUCCCAGAUGUACAGUCCACAGGGCAUCAACGCAAACGGCGGCUGGCAGGACGCCCCCACCCCCUCCUCAGUCACUUCACCCACAGAAGGCCCAGGCAGCGUUCACUCGGACACCUCCAACUGAUGCCCUCCCAUCCCAUCCGCCCCCAAAGUCCCUCUACCCCACCCCGCCAUGGACCCUUCAGGACUGGACUCUCUUUAAGCUGAAGUCCUGGAUCUCCUCCUUCAGAUCGGGACCAGCAGCGCAGCCUGAAAUGAGACUCAAAUCUUCAGACUUUGUACAGUUUCACGUCCAAAUCUUUGUUUCGUUUUUUUUGUCUUUCUGGUGUCAUGAGGUCACACAGUUAGCAGAGUAAGGCCCACGAGUUGUCAUGGAAACGCAGUCACUACCUCGGUGCACUUUUGUAACGGUCGGGGAUGGGCUGCACUGGUGUAGGUACCAUUAUUCGAGGCAAUUUGAUAGGCUUGGUUUAAAGGACACACAUUAUGCAUUAUUAGUAUUACUG